UUUGACGUUAAAGGCGUAAAAUAUUUCGAUAAAAAAUCGAUUUACAUAAUAUAAAUCGUACGUGUAAUAUAUCAUCGUUCCACUUUAUCGAUCAUGUGACCGUCAAAAGCAGCAGAGUUGACAAGUUUCGAUUAGUUUUGGAGUUCCAUUUCAGAGGAAGCUGUUGUUGGUGUUAGUUCGCAAUAAAAAGAGUGAAAACUAUAAGAAGUCGGAAAAUGGCAUUAUUUCGUCGUUUAACGCCUAUAAAAUUCACAGAAACGCCCAAACUUGCCUCGCAAAUAAUCAGGCAGCUCAGUGAUGCUUCUACGGACUUGAAAGCCGUACUAGCUGCGAAAAUACCCAAAGAACAGGAACGUGUUAAGAAUUUUCGAAAAGCCCAUGGAAAUGAUAAAGUUGGAGAGGUUACUGUCGAUAUGAUGUACGGCGGUAUGCGAGGUAUAAAAGCCCUCGUAUGCGAAACCUCCGUACUGGAUCCGGACGAAGGUAUCAGAUUUCGGGGUUUAUCUAUUCCCGAAUGUCAGAAAGUGCUUCCGAAAGCCCCCGGCGGCGAAGAACCUUUACCGGAAGGUCUGUUUUGGCUUUUGAUGACCGGCGACGUACCCACCGAAGCCCAAGUUAAAGCCCUUUCGAAGGAAUGGGCCGAAAGGGCCGAACUACCGUCGCACGUCGUUCAAGUUUUGAAUUCCCUGCCGACGUCGGUGCAUCCCAUGUCCCAAUUAUCGGCGGCCAUUACGGUGUUGAAUAGCGAGAGUAAAUUCGCUAAAGCUUACGCCAGUGGCGUACACAAAUCCAAAUAUUGGGAAUACACCUACGAAGACGCCAUGGACUUGAUAGCAAAAUUGCCUGUAGUGGCUGCGACUAUAUACCGUAACAGCUUCAAAGAUGGUUCCGGUAUCGGCGCCAUCGACACCUCGAAAGAUUGGAGUUACAAUUUUACCACCAUGUUGGGUUACGACGAUCCCCAAUUCAUCGAAUUGAUGAGACUCUAUUUAACCAUACACAGCGAUCACGAAGGUGGUAACGUUUCCGCGCACACCGUACAUUUGAUCGGAUCAGCUUUAAGCGAUCCCUAUUUAGCUUUCGCCGGCGGAAUGAACGGUCUAGCCGGACCCCUGCAUGGUUUGGCCAAUCAAGAAGUACUUAUAUGGUUGCAAAAAAUCCGCCAACAAAUAGGCGAUAAAGCUACAGAAGAUCAACUAAAAGAUUUCAUUUGGAAAACGUUGAAAUCCGGACAAGUAGUACCAGGAUACGGUCAUGCAGUAUUGAGGAAAACCGAUCCUCGUUACACUUGCCAAAGAGAAUUCGCUUUGAAACAUUUACCCGAUGAUCCUCUAUUCCAAUUGGUUUCAAAUAUUUACAAAGUCGUUCCUCCAAUCCUCCUCGAGCUUGGUAAAGUGAAGAACCCAUGGCCAAACGUUGACGCUCAUUCCGGUGUACUUUUACAGUAUUAUGGAUUGAAAGAAAUGAACUACUACACGGUAUUGUUCGGUGUAUCCAGAGCUCUUGGUGUAACCGCUUCUCUAAUAUGGGACAGAGCGUUGGGUCUACCUAUCGAAAGACCUAAAUCAAUGUCGACCGAUGGUUUAAUGAAACUUUGUAAAGCCAAAGAGAAUUGUAAAGAGCAGCGCGUCGCUGUUUCGUAGUGUACUUUUCCUGUAUAUUUUUUUUUCUGAUAAGACAAUACUUUUGGUGUAUUUGUUGAAGCUAAUAAAUUAAUUCGUUAGAUC